CCACCACCACCACCACCACUACCACACCAUCCACCACAGCACCCAUCAUCAGCAGAGAGGAGAUCAACCCGAGCAAUGGCCCAAAAACGACAGAGGCCAUCGAAACGGAAGUGGUCGACUAUGGCUCCGAGGUUUCAGCCCCAGUGCCAGGGGUGAUUGCGGAAGAAGCUGGUCAGCCUAGCACCAACCCGGAUGGUUAUGGCGAUCCGUCGGAUAUUUGGAUCUCGAAGGAGGGAAAGAUGCUCAAAAUCGAAUGGGAAGUGGCCGAGGAGUCAGUAUGUGACGCUUUCCUUGUCAACUACACCGUCUUGACGCUGUCCCAACCAAAAGCCUUCUCUGUCGCCUCGCAGGACAGCUUCGUACUCAUCAAAAUGUUCACCGACCAUAAGCUGGAGGCUAAAGUCUUCUGCAUGCUAUCGGGUGCGCUUUCCAAGACCUGGUGGGCCCACCGUAUCAUCGACCUCAGCAAACCGCAAGCCAUCCACGGUCUACGCGUUGUAAACGUCGAAACCGACGACUUCUACGUGGCCAAAAUCGAGCUCGAAUGGGACUGGCCCGUCUUCCACGAUUUCAAACACAACGAUAUCGUCGUGCUGUAUGGCGUUGGAAAGGCUCCUCCUAAAAAGCUCGAAGUCACCGAAAAGGGGAAGGUCGUGUUGGACAAGCUCGAGCCAACUGAAGAGUACAUCAUCACGGUGCGCAACAUCAGCCGCGAGUUGGGCAUCAACAGCCAAGACGCCAUCAUCAAGCAGCAGACGAGACCAAUCAUCUCAUCCACGCUAUAUCCCGGCCAAAUCUCGUCCACCUCCAUCAACAUCAAUUUCGGCGAAUCGGACCCGGAACAGGGAAAAUUCGAGCACUACGAGCUCGACUUCACCGGCAACAACAAGAACAUCACCCGGAAAAUUGCCAUGGACAAGGACCGCUCGUUCACCUUCACCAAGUUAAUCCCCGGCAAGACGUACAAGUUCUCCCUCUUCACCGUCUACAAAUCGAUGCGCAGCCGGCCGGUUGUCGCCGAAAUUACGACCUACCCGCUAAAAGUCGAAAAAUUGCGCCCAAUCGUCGGGAGGGACUACGCCUCGCUACACUGGGACAUUGAAAAUUUUGCCGAUAACGACGUGCGCUUCCGGCUGAGCUACAUCGCAACGUCGAACGAUGGUGCCAGAAAGGAGCGGACCGUUCAGCUGAAGAACACCAACCACUAUCGAUUUGAUGAGCUCGACCUGGAGACGUACUACACCUUCACAAUUACCGUCAUUAUGGGGAUUGGCGAAGCGGAAGCGGAAAGUGAAAGCGAAAUGGUGACGGUGGCUUUCGGGAAAGACGUCCGCUCGAAGCCGGCCCUGAAACGGCAUGGGACUCGCGAGUUGGCGCUGAUCUUCGAAAACGAUCACAAUAUGUGGCACGAGCUCAAUGGGCCCUUCAACAACUUUGCAGUGAUUGUGGCGGAGGAUAUUGAGCUUGGCGGUGACGAUUACGAGUUGCGCUCGUGGUUCGAGGUGCACAACGACGACAAGUGGCCCUCCUACCGGGCCAGCCGUUCCGACUAUCAGCCGUUCUCAAAGCGUGGUGUCAAAGAGGCCAUGUUUAUCAUCGGAGAGGACGACUGUGAGCAGCAGCGCCUUGAUGAACCGUACUGCAACGGAAUGCUGCGCGCCAACACCAAGUACCUGGCCAAAGUACGCGGUUACACCGACGAGGGCGUGGCGAUGGAGACGGACUGGGUGGCCAUACAUGGACACACUAACGGACAAGGAGAUGGAGAUGAGGAUGAGGAGGAAGAAGAAGACCCAGGCCUCCCGUGUCAUAUGUACCUCAACGGAUGUCCCCGCAAGGGGGACAAGGGCAAAUCGGAGCUCUGCAUGUUCACUAUGGCCACCGACCUGGGCUGCGUGCUCACCUCGUUCCUCUACGUCGCCAUCAAGGAGGCGGCCAACAAGGAGCCGGGCUAUUCCGGGUCGCAAAGUCUGGAGAUGCUGCGCAAUAGUGUCCUUGUCUCCGCUGAAUCAUGCCUCCUGCUGGUGACCAACUUGUGCCUGGUCGUUACCCUCUACACGGAGAUCAAGGCAGCCGAGAAAAACAAAUGCUACGUCACGAACAACAUCGGCGUGUCGCUGCACAAGUAUGAUAUCGAAUGUGGCGGCCCGCAGAAGCAGUGUGAAGCCAAGCGUGGGCUUCUCGGCAAGCUCGUCGCUUACGGCAACAAUUCCCUCAGCUCUGGAAACGCCAAGAAAGAGACCGCCGAGCCUGCCAAGGAUAAUUCGGAAAGUUGCCGCAAGUCAGCCGGCCCUGAUUCCAGCUGCAAGACGGCUCAGUCCGUUUCCGCACCGCUAGCCGAGUUUUCCACCCGUCAAAAGACUUCCUCGCCUCCGAAGACGGCCAUUGUCAUCCCUUCCACCAACUCUAGCGGGGCGCAACACCCUGUGCCACCGCCCAUGAAGUAUGCCUUCGAUCAGCCUCCGUCUGCCGUUGCACCUACCACCCCAAAGGCC